UAUGUGUCCCUUGCAGAGAACGAGCAACCCUGGGGCACACCCUGCACUCAGCUCCUUGUCUUCGUUGCCACACCAGGCUGUGAUGGGUUUCCCAGCCUGGACUCCAAGGAGAGCUAUAAGCUCUCUGUUUCGGAAGGCUCCCUGCUGCUCUCCGCAGAUGCUGUCUGGGGAGCUCUCAGAGGCCUGGAAACUUUCAGCCAGCUCGUUGGGAGAGAUGAGAACGGCAUGUACUACAUCAACAACACAGAAAUUGUGGACUUUCCCCGCUUCCCUCAUCGGGGAUUGUUGCUGGACACCUCUCGUCACUACCUGCCUCUGAGAGCCAUCCUGGAAACUCUGGACGUCAUGGCCUACAACAAGUUCAAUGUGUUUCACUGGCACAUUGUGGAUGACCCAUCUUUCCCCUAUGAGAGCUUGACCUUCCCAGAGCUCAGCAAGCAGGGAGCCUUCCAUGCCAUGACCCACAUCUACACAGCCAGUGACGUGCAGACGGUGAUCGAGUACGCCCGGCUGCGUGGCAUCAGAGUGGUUGCAGAGUUCGACACUCCUGGGCACACCCUCUCUUGGGGUCCAGGUGCUCCAGGCCUCCUGACUCCCUGCUAUUUGGGCAAGGAUCCUUCUGGGACCUAUGGGCCCAUCAACCCCAUCCUUAACAGCACCUACCAGUUUGUGACCAGUUUGUUUCAAGAGGUCAGCGCUGUGUUCCCAGACUUCUUUCUUCACCUCGGUGGCGAUGAGGUGGACUUCACGUGCUGGAAAUCCAAUCCAAACAUUCGUGCUUUCAUGAAGGAGAUGGGCUUUGGUGAAGAUUACAAAAAAUUAGAGUCAUUCUACAUCCAGAGGCUUCUGGACAUCAUCUCUUCCCUUGGCAAAGGCUAUAUCGUGUGGCAAGAGGUGUUUGACAAUGCAGUGAAGGUGAGGCCAGACACCAUCAUCCAUGUGUGGAAGGAGAACCCCACGCCAUACACGGAGGAGAUGGCCAAUGUCACCAAGGCUGGCUACCGGGCUCUGCUCUCAGCCCCCUGGUACCUCAACCGCAUCUCCUAUGGGCAGGAUUGGAUGGCAGCCUACCAGGUUGAGCCCUUGAAGUUCGAAGGCAGCUCCGAGCAGAAGGCUCGGGUGAUCGGCGGAGAGGCGUGCAUGUGGGGUGAAUACGUGGACGUCACUAACCUGGCCCCCAGGCUCUGGCCAAGAGCUGGGGCCGUAGCUGAGAGACUGUGGAGUAAUGCGACCGUCCGGGACCUGCAAGAUGCCUACACACGGCUGGCUGACUUCCGCUGCAAGCUCCUGGGGCGUGGUGUCCAGGCUCAGCCUCUCUUCGUAGGAUACUGUGAAAAUGAAUUUGGCGGGUUUUGAAGGGCAAGUCCCACAGCCCUUGGUCGCUGUGCACACAGGAGGAACAAUCCCUCUCUCCCUCAAAAGCUGCUGGUUUGGCAGAGGGACCCUUCCCACCCCCAACUUCGUCUCUUGCUUUAUUGCAAUGAACUUUUUUUUUUCCUUAGUGUGCACUCUUCAUCUCUUUUUCUAUUUUGAUUUCUUUAAAUCUAUAAAUAAAUGACCCCAAAGAAGAAAAAGGUGCCUUUUCAUGCUCAGAUGAGUUUUGGGAGACCAUGCGAGGGUUAUUGUUGGCAGGAGCCAGGUAGGGUUUGCUCCAGCGAUGCCAGUGGCGGAGCAUUGUCCCUGUGGCUCUGGUGGUUGCCGGUUGCCCCUCAGCUGCAUAAACUCUGUUUAGCCUCUGCUGCUGUCACAGACUCUGUCCCUGCAGAGAGAAGGUGUGGGCUCCCCCUGUUUUUUCACCUUGACCUUCUGCCAUCUGCACACGCACAGGGGACUGUCUGUGCCAGGACACUGUGGCCUCCCACGCAGCAGUGGCCAAUGUUGUGGCCUUGGCUCCUGUUCUUGUCCCUCGUCAAUCUGCCUAAGGCCCGGCAGGAGCCUUGCCUGUGAGCUGCCGCCGCUGCUGCCCCAAACCUGUCUGCUGCCAGCUCCUCCUGAGACAGAGACAUGCCAAAGCCUCUCCGAGGAGACCCUGCAAACCUGCCGGGCAGCGCGCGGACAUGAUGGUGUCACUGCUCAGUGCUUCAGUGAGCUCUCACCUCUGCUCAGGGUUUGGCCAACUCACCCGUCCCUCUCCUGUGCACUUGUCCUUAGGCUGGGGAGCUCAGCUCCUGCCCUCCCACCUCCAGAGGGAUUGGGUUUGUAUAGUGUUUCUCUCAGAGAAGAGACUGGUGGUGCUGCUGUCCCACAGAGCUGGGACAGUCAUUGUUCUUGUCCUUUGAGGGCUGGGGUAGGCAUGUGGGAAACCAAGCUGAAGGCAGAGAAUCUCUUGGGGAGAAAUCCUGGCUGCUGGGACUGUUGGAUGCUGUGUCUUGGUCUUAAAUGAGUGAGAUCUGUUAUGGAUGGAAACCUUUUAGUAUUGAACUUUAAAUUAAAAAAUUUAAAAUUAAAAUGGAUGAAAAAUAUUU